AAUAAUCUUCUGAAUAGCAGGCGAGCACUGAAAAAAGAAGACUCAAAAUCUUCUGCCAGCGACGAGUCUUCUUAUUCAACUUCUUAAUGUUGAAUCUAAUCCACGACCUCUUAUUCGCAGGCUACUGAAAACUUCGUACCUACCGUUCGACGCAUACGUUGAUUAUCAAUCACAUUUAACAAUUUUCUUAUGGAAAAUAUAAUAAAAAUGAGAUUCACCGUUCCUUGCGCGAUGAUCUUUCUGCUCUUAUUGGCCUGUGCUAUAGCUGAAAAAGCUGAUAAGAAAACGUUUCCUUUAAGUGAAUCGUUAGAUGAAUUGGAUGCUGCCGAAAGUAGGAUGUCUUCAUCUGAAGAUGAAUACAGAUCCGAUGACUGCAUACCACUUCACCAUGAUUGCACCGAGAAUCGUCAUGGUUGCUGCCGAAGUGAGACCUUCAAAUACAAAUGUUGGUGCUUUUACAAAGCGGGGAACCACUCUCACCCCACAAACGAAGAAACGUGCUCUUGUCAGGAGAAAUGGUAUCUCCGCAUGACAGAGCAAGUCCUGGACAAAGUAUCUAAAUUCUUUCAGAAGACAGCCCUCGGCUAAUUUGAAAAAAAAAAAAAAAUUUGAAAUAGUUUUAAAUAAAGAACUUAUUUUAAGGA